AUGAGGUGCCGCUUUCUGCUGCUCCUGUGUACCACCUCGGUACUGUGGUCCGUGGCGUCCACACAAUUAGUAUUAGGAAAACCUCCGAUCUUUCAAGAUGGUGGCUCUGUCGAACAGAAAGUUGCUGUUGAAGGCGAGAUUAUACGAUUGAAAUGUGACGAUGCCGAGCUCGCGGAGCAAUACGAAUGGAGAGUCAAUGAUGCGUCUGGCGAGUUGAUUGCCACAUCACGAUUCGCAGAAGUGACGGUUUCACGAGCGAACGACCAUCAAAAGUAUCGAUGCGUAGCGAGGAACACUGUUGGUGCCGCUAUUUCUCCACCAUCUAUGGUUCGAUCCAAGUAUCUGGAUGAUUUCGAUUCGUCAGAUGAAUCUGUUCAAUAUGAAGUCACAACAGGAAUCGGCCGUUACUUUGUUCUUCGGACUCCACGUCUCAUCUCAUCUCGAAAUCUGGAUAUAUCGUAUUCAUGGAUUAAAGAUGAUUCUAAUCAAGUCACUCCGGACGGAACGCACUUUGUGACCGCAAAUGGGGAUCUUGUAGUGACCGGUGUGAAACGAGAGGAUUUUGGCACAUAUAAAUUGAUGGCGAGCAGUGAUGAUCUGCAAGAAAUCGUCUCCAAGGAAUAUGUUGUCAAGGAUAAUGGAAUGACGCCCUCACUCCAAAACAUCUUCUCAAUUAUCUACUUUUCACCGGAACGGACCAUCAUAGAAUCUUCUCUGCCACACGACGAAGUAUUCGAUUGUGUUACUUCAUUCGGUAUCCAAGAUGAUGUUAAGAUUCGUUGGUUUCUGAAUGGACAACCAAUCAGUGGCUCGGAAGUCGGAAUUACAACAACAAUGAACAAUCGAAGACUUGUUAUCUCGAAUCCAUCUGGAUUCACACGUGGAGAACACAAACUAGAAUGUCGAGCUGAAGCAGCAAUGGGAAGGACUUCCGAUCAGAAUUCAACAUAUCUGACAUUUAUCAGUCGUCCAGUACUCAAAGAUCUACCGAAUGAAGUUCAGAAAUCAGUUGGAUCCAGUCUGAGUCUAAAGUGUGCUGUGAAGAAGAAGAGUUCAUUGGAUAUCAAGUGGUACAAGAACGGAUUAAUGAUGAAUACGCAACGAGGAAAACUGGCAAUCGACCGAAUCAAACAAGAAGAUUUUGGGUUGUAUCAAUGCGAAGCGAGUAACGAAGCAGGUGCCGAUAUGAGUAGUGUAUGGGUCAAAGAAGGUGAUGGGAAUGAUACGGUUGCUGUAUCGAUGUCAGAAGAUGGACGUUCUCUUGAGGAAGAAAUCAGUAUGGAGACACCGCCACCAAGGAAACUGAAAUUUUUCGAUAGUUCGAAAAGCCAAGAACAACUAUUCCCAUUCACAUCAGAUAUUGAGCCAUUACAAAAAUUGACAAAGACUCCUAAGGAUGUGACUGUACCUUCUGGAACUGAUAAGAUCACAUUGGAAUGUACUGCUGCUGGAACUCCAACUCCACACGUCAUCUGGCUUCUAAAUGGACAUGAAAUUCAGACAGAUAGUGUGAAGUAUGAUCUAUUUGCCGGUGGACUCACUAUUCAUGACGUUCGGAAAUCAGAUGAAGGAGAAUAUACUUGUGAAAUUAGUGGAAGUGAUGUGAAGUCGUCUGCAAAUGUACAAGUGAGCGGUGAUUCGUUGAUUGAAUACGGACCAGCUGAUCAGAAGAGUUUGAUUGGAACAAAUGUUGAAUUCUCAUGCGAAGUUGCGAAGGAAUAUACAAGAAAAGCAACUGUCGAAUGGUAUUUGAAUGAUGCAUUGCUGCCGGUCAACGGAAAUUCGGGUCUGAGAAUCUCUAGAAAUCGUAAGGGAAGUCUUAUCAUUCGUCAAGUUGGUCCAGAUAACACUGGAGAGUAUAGAUGUCGAGUAACAGUUGAUGGACGUGAAGAAAAUGCCAGCGCAAUGCUUCAAAUCAUCGAAAAACCUGCAAUGCCUGAACGUGUUCGUGCUGAGCUUCACAACGAGACGAUGCCAGCGAAAGUACGAGUUCGAUGGAAUGAAGGGUUCGAUGGAAACGAACCAAUCAUCAAGCAUGCUAUCGAAAUUCGAACAAUGGGACCAACUGGGUUAUGGAGUGAUUGGACAACAGCCAUAGAUAAUAUUCCAAAAGAUGAUGGAAAACCGUGUUGUUGGGCGGAUAUAGAAGAUUUGAGACCAUCUUCUACUGCUGAAUUCCGAGUUGUUGCUUCUAAUAAGCAUGGUCCAGGAAAACCAUCAUUACCAUCAUCAAGUGUUACAAUGCCGCAACAACCACCAUCUGCCGCACCGAGAAAUGUUGCGGCUUCUGCAAGAUCUCCUCAUAGUGUAAUGGUUCAAUGGCAACAGCCAAAAGAGGAGAUGGAUAGUGGAGAUGUUCUCGGAUACGUAGUACGAUACAGGUUAGCUGGAUACAGUUCUUUGACGUGGAAUGAGAAGAAUCUGACGACAAAAGAUGCACGAAAUACAUUGGUUGAUGAGUUAAUUACAUGGAGAGAAUAUGAGAUUCAAGUGGCCGCUUAUAACAAGAGAGGACUCGGAGUCUUCAGUGAAAGUAUAGAAGUAACAACGGCAGAAGGAAGACCAACACAAGCUCCCAAGAACGUACGAGUGAAAGUACUCAACUCAACAGCAGUUGCAGUUGAAUUCACUGCACCAGAACAACAAAGAAUACCUGGAGUGAAUCUUGGAUAUAAAGUUCAGUUCUGGAAAGGAGAACCAGAGAAAGGAGAACUUCACAAGCAAGUUAUUCUUGAUCCGGAUAGACGCCAACUCAGCACAGUUGUGAAUGAACUGGAGAAAUUCGGGCAUUACAAUCUAACCGUUCUUUGUUUCACUACUCCUGGAGAUGGUCCAAAAAGUAAUAUUAUGAAAGUUGUUACGGAAGAGGAUACUCCAGAAGUUGUCGAUGAAUUGAGUAUUGCUGAAGUAAUGUAUAACGGAGCAGUUCUCACAUGGAAUCCUCCAUUGAAACAGAACGGAGUGGUUACCAAAUACACUAUUCGUCACUGGGCAUCAAGUUCUCCAGAUGUCAAAACGAAACACGAAGUUGAUGGAGCAACCACUAAUUUCACAAUUGAUGGUCUCCAGCCGUCCACUAGAUACGGCGUUGAUGUGAUGGCUUCGACGAAGAAAGGAGAUGGACCAGUUGAAGAAACAAAGUUUGAAAGUGGAGUACCUCCUGAGUUACCUGGAAGGCCAUCAAUGCUUUCAAUUGGUGAUAUCUCUGCAACAACAGUUCAACUUCAUUUCACUCCUGGAUUCGAUGGACAUACUGCUAUUCGUCAGUGGAUAGUUGAAGGGAAAAUGGCUGACUCGAGUGUUUUUGCACAUAUUUUCAAUGUCAGUUCUCCAAAAGCUAGAUCUAUCAUUGUGACUGGACUUCGGCCGUUUACUCAAUAUCAGUUGAGACUGAUUGCUGAAAAUGUGAAAGGACGAGGAGCACCAUCAGAGCCAUCGAGAACUUUUGAAACACUUCAAACAAAUCCAGAAACUCCAAGUCAACGUCUGUUCGCUGAGCCAGUGUCUGCAACUUCUAUUUCUGUAUCAUGGACACCACUUCUUGCUACACAUUGGAAUGGUCAACCGAAAGGAUAUCUGAUUGUUUACAGAGAAAUCGAUGAAGAGAAUUGGAAAGAAGUUCGAACACCUGCUCUUCGUUCCAGUGAGCACACAGUCACAGAUCUUCGUCCUUUCACGACAUAUGAAGUUAACGUCUUCUCCGAAAAUGUCUUCGGAAGAAGUCUUCCUACAGAUGCAGUCAAGGCGAGAACAUACGAGAGUGUUCCUUCAGGAUCACCAAGAAAUAUCGUGGUAACUGCCGAAGGAUCAAAAUCUGCAAUCGUGAAAUGGGAUCCUGUUGCUGAAUUAUCAACUAAUGGAGAUGUAAUUGGAUAUAAGAUACGAGUUGUGCCAGAAAGAGAUUCUCUGAUGGCUGACGAAACUAAAGAAAUUGAUGUCCCAGGACAAGCAACGCUCAUGACAAAAUUAUCGAAUCUCCGCCCAUUCACCAGUUAUCACGUCUUCAUGUCUGCGUACACGAUUGUUGGAAAUGGACCGGAAAACUCUACUCCAGUCUUAUUCGAGACUAUGGAAGACGUUCCGGCUCCCCCAGAAUCAUUCCAAUGUUCAUAUAUCAGUGAGCAAGAAGUUAGAAUGAAAUGGCUUCCUCCUGGAUCUCCAAAUGGAAAGAUUUCGAACUACAUCAUUUCGUAUUGGAAAUCCCACGAACCGAGAUCAAUGGCUAUCGAUUCUACACUUGUUGGGAAUUUAUUGAUGUUCGCAGCGAUGAGUUUGAAUCCGAAUACGCAGUAUACUUUUGCUAUCAAAGCAAGAAAUGUCAAAGGAGAAAGUGAAGAGGCACUUGCUGACGUCAUGACAUCAUCAGUACGACUUCCGGUUCGAAAUGCUCCUUCGCCUGUUCGGGAUACUCAAUCACAACAUCUUGCCUCGGAAAUCACAAUCAGAUGGGAUGAAUCACUUCCAAGGAAAUUAACAGAAGACGCAGAGAGUCCAGUGCGUGCAGUUCAAGUAUCCUAUCAGAAAACGAAUGAAGACGAAUGGGUUACUUUGGAAAAGAAGUUCGACUACUCGAAACGACGUGCUGUUAUAAAACAUUUGUCACCGAACUCAAUGUUCCGAUUCCGAAUUCGUUUCAUCGGAGACUUCCUUGAAUCCUCCUGGUCGCCAGAAUCCGAAUGGAUGAGAACUCUUCCAUCAGCUCCGUUUGCUCAACCAAUCUCUUUGAAAGCCACUCCAUAUGAUCGGAAUAGUGUUCAAUUAGAAUGGGUAGUCCCUCAUAAAUCAACAUGGAAUAGUGCUGCAAUCGGAUACCGAAUUCAUUAUCGAGAGUAUCCAUCGAACGAAACUUGGCAAAUGGAAGAAAUCCCAGUGCACGAUCCACAUGAGGAAAAAGAAGAGAAGGUGUUGGCGAAACUAGAUAGUUUCCGACAUUAUAUUCUUCGGAUGCGAUUGUUCAACUCAGAAGGCGAAGGACCGUUUUCAGCCCCUGUCUUUGUGUAUGUAGGAUAUUCAAUUCCAAAACGAAACCUUACAAAUAUCAUCACUGAACCAUUAUCUUCAUCUUCGAUUCGUGUGAAAUGGGAUGCUUGGCCAAAGGAGGACAGUGGAACAAUCACUUCUUUCAAAGUACGAUAUGUUCCAGUCGCUUCUGUCCUAUCGUCUGUCAGUAGUGAGGAAGAAGUGAUGAUUGUCGAUACGAAUGAAUGCACAUUAAACGACCUGCGUAAAUUCACCGAAUAUCAAAUAUCUGUUUCUCCAUAUAAUCGUGCCGGUGAAGGAAAAAUGUCACAAGUUCGUGAAAAGACGUUGGAAGACAAACCAGGACCAGUUGGAACUCUCCGAUUUAGUGAUGUUCUUAUGGAUUCUGUCAAAGUUUCUUGGGAUGAACCAGCUCAACCGAAUGGUAUUGUUACUGGUUACAUUGUCAAUUACAAGGGAUAUCGAAUGCAAGAAGAAUUCAAAAAUGAAGAUCAACAAAGAGCCUCACGGAACUAUUUUGAUACUCAUGGGCUUGCUGAAGGCGUCACCUACUUCUUUAGUGUGUGGGCUGAAACAUCUGCUGGUAAAGGAGAACAGCGAUCAGCGAAUGUAACUAUCGGACCAAGUAAAGAAGGACCACCGCCUCCAAGCAAACCGCAAAUUACAUCAGGUCAAAGUUAUGUGACUUUGAGUUGGAAUGAUGUUGCAAAUUCUGAUGAAAUCGUCGGGCAUCUUCUACAAGCGAAACGUGUUUCAGUUGCAGAAGAAACUGAACAUGGAUAUGUAUCCCAACGUCCACGGAGAAACGAAAUCAAAGGUGCCAAAAGCGCUGCUCAAACUGCCGCUGCUUCAACCUCUAAUCGUCCGACUCAUCCCAUCGGAGAAUGGAUUACAUUACGACCAACUGACGGCAAGAGUGAAAAGGAACAAGUAUCUUAUAGAGAACUUCAACCAUCAAGUUUCUAUGUUUUCCGUGUAUUUACACGAAAUGUUAGAGGAAUCGGAAUGGCCAGUCCAGAAACAGAACAGUUGUUUGUACCCGAAUCCAUUCCGGAUGAUCCAUUCUACACAACAUGGUGGUUCAUGGCUCUGGUUGCAAUGGCUGCUUUCGUGUUGAUUGUGAUUAUAGUUGCAAUUUUAUGUGUCACUGGAAGUUCAGCGAAAUAUCGUCGGGAAAAGCGAUCUAGAUCGAUCGAUAGUCUUCAAUUGGCAGAUGGAAACUUCGCAUCAUUCCAAUUGAAGGGAACAUCUGCUGCUAAUAUGACCAGAAGUCGUGAACUUCCAACUCGACCUGGCACUACGCAAUCAUGGCUUUCUGAUCAAUCUCGAGAACCGCCGGCAUAUGGAAGCGUUCACGGAGAUGGACGUAACAGUGCCGGAGUCAUGAAUAUGUAUGGACUGGCUACUGAUGUUAUCCCUCCACUUCCGAACUCUGGACCGCCACAUACGAAUAUGGAAGCAAUGCAGAAACUUAGUGCUCUUGUUGGAAGAGAUAUCCGAAGUCAGAAUACAGCAUAUGUCACUCCAUCGACUAGGGGAUCUGAUAAUGGUCGGAAUGAAUAUAUGCCAACAAGAUCAGACCUGUACGCAACAAGAUCAGAUUACGGUCGUGUUGAGUACAGGGGGCAUAUUCCAUCGUCAUCAGGUGGCUCACAACCACAAGGAAGUCCACAGCAACCGCCAGAGGCGUAUGACUCAUUUGACGAAGAGGAAGACGUGGAUGAUGAUACUGUGAUUCGUGGAGAUCGAACGAUGACAGAUGGAGCUGAUGACAUAGCAAGGCACUAUGGAUCAACUGAUCAAUACAGAGAUACUUGGAGGAAGGUUCGAGAUACUGAUAUGGUCAGAGCACCAAUUCUAAUCGGUCAACCAAGUAGUGCAGCUGGUCGAUCUUCAACAACCGACAGCACAAGUGAAGGUCCUUGGGCAAAUCCCUCGAAUCCCAGUUUGACAGCCGGGUUCUCCAGUUUCGUCUAG